UCUCUCUCACCUCGUCUCGCCACGGCAGGCUCAAGAAGCGUCAAUAAAACGGUCAGUCCGGCGCUGUUCACGCUCAGAAGAGAGGAGACACCGCAGCGUUUGUUAGAGCUUUUUUCCCCACACAAGCAAGCUCCCGAGUUUUUAAUCCGCUCAGUAAGCCUUCGAGGUCGGCUUGUUGCUCCGACUCGUUACCGUAGACUGACUCCAAGCCUUCAGGACAAACAUUUUGUUUUGGCAAUAAUGGGCUCCUCUUGGCUUCUGGUCCCCGUUGUUGUGUCUCUCAUGAGUCUGCUCGGUUCGGCGGCCAAGGAUGAGCAUGACAUGGAGCAACGUGAGGUCACCUUUGACCUUGACGCCAUCAUGCAAGAGAUGCAGCUACCGGAUUCAUUUGUGAUGCAGCAAGAGGCAGACCUGUCUGAUCUCAUCAAGGAGUUUGCCAUAGAUCAGGAACCAGACAAGUUGGACACACCAAGAGCUUCCAGACCGGGAUCCAUGUCGCCGAGAGGACGUCGCCCAGAUUUUGGUCCCCGUUCUCAACCCCCUGUGCUGGACUAUCAAGUUCAGUUCCCACUUGGCCGACCCACCGCCAACAAUCUGGAAGCCCUGUGUCUCAAUGGAGACCUCCGUCCUCGCUACCCCAACUCAUUCUUUCCCAGAUCGGGAUUUGGCCAGCAACGUCGGAGGGCAAAUGCUGUCAACAACGCAGAGUCAUGGUUUAGCACAUGCUGCAAAGGCAACCAGACAUGGGGAAGUGAUGUGACAUUGUGCUGCGUCACGCAGGCGUGGGAGCUCUCCUUGGAACAAUUUUGCACGGAGGACUCAUCAGUGAAGGAUCGACUUUAUCACUGCUGCAGACAAACGGGCAGCAAGAGGCUCAACUGCUUCCAAAGCGACGUUAAGGAUCCAAGCUACGAGUUAACAGAGGCGUUGCCUGUGGAACUGCUUCCCUCUACGGUCGACUUCAGCUUUGACAGAAACAAUUGCCACAGGACAUCAGUGACUGAGCACAGUGUCAGUGAAAGCAGAGGAAGACAAGAGUCCCAGAAAAGUGACAUCAACUUUCCCCCCGGUCGACCCAGCGAGGAAAACAUAGAAUGGUUGUGUCGUAACCAGAAGCUGCGGCCUUUGUACAGCCUCAAGUGCCUCCCAGGCACCGGCUAUGAGAUGCUAGCUCGGCAGGCUAAGAUGAUAAACCGCGUAGAGAAGGGAUUCAAGCAGUGCUGCAAGAAACAGAAUGUUGUUGUGUGUGCUGAACAAAAGUGGCGUGGUGAGCUCAACAGGUUUUGCUCCAACAAGAAGGACGGCAAGAUUGAGCACCGCUGUUGUUCCGCCGUUACUGUGGACGAUCGCUUCCAAUGUUUCCAAUCAAUGUCUCCUGACCCACAAUACAACAUGACCUUGUCGCCGGAGGAGCUCGCUCCUAAAGUCUGUAAGACACGCAAGAUCAUCAAGAAAGUGUUCCCUAAUGACUUUCACGUCAAGAACAUUCUGGACGAAUGCUGUGCCCUAUCGCCACAAAACCACAGCACUUGUUUCUUUCAAAAGGUUGAGGAAAUGUCUAUCAGGGUGUGUUCAUCAAAGAAGAAGUCCUCCCCAGUCGUCCGCAGCUGUUGCCGCACGGCUUCCCCAGAGCUGCCAAAGUGCGUCACCAACUUUGUCAUGGAUGCAAUCACAAAGGCUACCAAGGUCUCCAACCAGAAGAAGAAGAAAAGGUGUCCUAUUUAAAUGUUUACUAGCUACCAGCAGCUAACACUUGCAAUCACUGAAUGGAAAGUAUUCAUCUUGCACAAAUCCCACUUUUUAACAUGUGGAACAAAUUUGUGCCUCAUCUACUGCCGGUAAUUUUAAUAUCUCUAUAUGAAGUCACGCACACAAGUGUUCCGCACUAAACAUGUUUUUAAUUCUUCCAUGUUUCCUUUUACUAACCACACUGAUAUCUGUGUCACUUUGCUAUUUUUUUAAAGACUGCUAUUUUUAUAAUUAAAUUCAAAUGCAUUUGGUAGAUUCAUUCAAUCUUGCAAAAUCACAUAAAAUAUUGUGAGUAAUAAAGUUCAAAAAAUGUU